GAAACCAGCAGCACUGCAAGCUGUUCCACACAGGCACAGACCCUCCCACACCGGUUUCAGUUCCCAGUCAAUCUAGGCCUCACUCUCUGGGUUUACCAGAUAUGGCACCCUCCCUGCAGACUACAUUUGCACGCCGUUGGUGGAUAGCUUGCACAGCAGUUCUGGAAAACCUUUUCUUUUCUGCUGUUCUUUUUGGAUGGGGGUCUCUACUCAUUAUGUUACAGCAAGAAGGAUUUUACUCACACCUUUGCUCAGAUGGAAACUCAUCCGAGAAAGAUGUACUUUCAUAUACUCUGGGAAAUGAGAAUAAUUCACUUCCACUACCCUGGCUAACAUGUACUGCUCAAGAAGAGAUGCUAAAUUUGGGUUUUACAAUAGGAUCUUUUCUGUUAAGUGCAACAACUCUGCCACUGGGUAUCCUCAUGGAUCGAUAUGGACCACGACCACUGAGAUUAGUGGGGAGCUUCAGCUUUGCCCUUUCUUGUGCUCUUAUGGCCCUUUCUGGAUAUGAUCCUUCAGUUUUAGCACCUUUGAUAUUUCUUGCACUCUCCUUAAAUGGAUUUGGAGGCAUAUGCUUGACUUUUACAUCUCUCACAUUACCCAAUUUGUUUGGUAAUAUGCGCUCAACCAUGAUGUCACUAAUGAUUGGAUCCUAUGCUUCUUCAGCCAUUACAUUUCCUGGCUUAAAACUCAUAUAUGAGGCAGGAGUCUCUUUUGUGGCGAUAAUGUUGGGCUGGUCGGCUUUAGCGUGUCUGAUUUUCCUCAACUGCAUUAUAAACUGGCCCAAGGAAUUAAUCCCAUCACCUGAUGAGACUUCUUAUACGAAAAAAGUUACCCUGCGCACACUUGCAUUAGACCACAAAGUCACUGGCGAUCAGUUUUACUCCCAUGUAACAAUUGUUGGUCAAAGACUAAGCCAAAAAGGAGACCCUGAAGCUACUAAAUUAUCCACAGAAGACCUGAAAAAUAUCACUAAAAGCAAUGGAACUAGCCAUAGUUUCAUGCAUAGUGCACGCUCACCAAUAUUCUUAUUCUCACUUAUCACCAUGAUGAUGACACAGCUACGCAUCAUUUUCUUUAUGGCUUCAAUGAACAAGAUGAUAGAAUAUUUGGUUGCUGAACAGCAAGAGAAUGUUCCUGAUGCUUUAAGGUUGAACGCAGAUUAUGAAGUGGGAUUAUACUCCUCUGUAUUUGGAGUUUUACAACUACUGUGCCUUUUCACAUGUCCUUUCAUUGGAUUUGUCAUGGACUGGAAGAUGAAAGAAGGCAAUGAGGGGUCUAAAAACAUUCAAAAACUUACAAAUGCUACAAGAGCUUUCAUUUUCACCAACAUUAUUCUCAUCUGCUUUGGUGUAACAUGUUUAAUUAGCAACCUUCCUCUCCAGUUUGUCACCUUCAUCUUCCAUACAAUGGUCAGAGGUUUUAUCCAUUCAGCUUGUGGAGGACUGUACGCUGCAGUAUUCCCUUCUAGUCAUUUUGGAACUCUCACUGGGCUGCAAUCCCUCUUGAGUGCAGUUUUUGCAUUGUUGCAAGAGGCUCUGUAUAGAGUAAUGCUUGGACCCCUCCACGGUAAUCCUUUCUGGGUGAACUUUGGUUUGCUGCUUUUCUCAUUUUCUGGCUUCGUUCUUCCGGGAUAUUUACUUGUUUACCGUCAUCGUCUUAUAAGACUUCAGAGAGGAUCAACUCUUGAUAAGGAUCAAGCAACAAUCCACCUGCAAGAUGAAAUUAAUUGAAUAGUGUGGCAGGGAGGGCCACUGUAUCCUAAUAAGGCUUACUAAUGAUCUCCCUUAAGAAAAAAUACAUCUGACAAUGUAAGAUUGCAACGGAAUAAUAAGACAAUACUUUUUCUAAAUAUUUAUAAAAUAUGAAUGGGUAAUGAAUAACAUGCUGCCAGUUUAUACAUUUGUUGAUGAUUCAUUGCAAAUAAAUCUUCAGUCUUGCAAAUAAAUCUUUACUGGCAUAA